CGAACAACAAAUACACGUGUUUUUUUUUGCACCGUACAUGAAGAUACAGGAGGGAAAACGUCAAUAUAAGAAGUGGCAUCUCGACGGAACCGGGCCUGGCAGCACACCCUCCGCCCUUUGACAAGACUCUGGGAGAUAGAUGAUGAAAAUGAAAUGAUCUUUUCUUCUUCUUCUUCUUCUUCCUUGUAGCAGUCUGACGCAGGGACAGUCCGAUGGGACGUGUGGGACGAUAGAAGCAGCAGAGGGAACAGGAGGAGCUGCUGCUGCCUGUUGACAUCAACCUGUCCCUGUAGUUAUUUCUUCUUCUUCUCGUUUGCAACACAAAUUAACUCACGAUGAAACCUCGAGACUCCACGAAGGAGAAGAGCAGCCUGUGGAUAUUCGGAUACGGCUCCUUGGUGUGGAAACCCGGGUUUGCUUACAAGAGGAGCACAAUCGGCCACAUCCGAGGAUUCAAAAGACGCUUCUGGCACGGAGAUGAUUUCUACCGAGGGGACAAGGACAAGCCAGCCAGAGUGGUCACACUGGUGGAGGAUGAGCAAGCGUGCACAUGGGGUGUGGCCUACGAAGUCACCGACUCCCAGGUGGAAGAAUCCCUCCAGUACCUGAACAUGAGAGAAAUUGUGCUGGGGGGCUACAUAACCCAGAUGGUGGAGUUCCUGCCGAAGGAGAAAGGCCAGGGGCCGCUGCUGGCCGUCGUCUACAUCGCCACCUCCAGCAACCCCAUCUACCUCGGCCCGGCCUCGGACAGAGAGAUCGCUGCCCAGAUUGCCGCGUGCAGUGGCAACACGGGCCACAACAUCGAGUACCUGGUCCGCCUGGCGGAGUUCAUGAGGCUCUCCUGCCCCGAGGCGGAGGACGAGCACCUCUUCUCCAUCGAGGCGGCAGUUUUAAACAUUUUCAGUGAAUGUGGGGGGAUCAAACCCCAAAAACCCAUACUGCUGGGAGCUUCAUGAAAGACGCCGCUCCGCAGUCUUAAAAAUGUCUUUAUACAUGAAGUCCUUUAAAAAGGAAUAUCUGACUUGACUUUUAUGGUGGGGGGGGGGGGGGGGGGGGGGGGGGGGGGACGUUGCUGUCACUCAGCACUUCCUCUUUUAUCUCAUGUUACUCAGCACUCUACUCUUGACCUUCUCACUUCUUCUCACCAGCUGUACCACUGCCACAUACUGUAUGCAAACUCCAGAAGCAUGUGAUGCUUUUAAAAAUCACACGAAGAGAUGACGUCUAUUUUUUGAAUCCUAUGCUUUCACACCUUUGUUGUAAAAGGCUCUCAAAAGCUAUUGUGCAUUUUCAAAGAAAAUUUUGUUUUAAUAAAACUACUACAAAAUCUG